GAGGAUCACACGGCUGGUGGCAGCUGGCAGCUUCAAUUUGCGUCUACAUAAAUACAGGUACCAGCGUCUCCGACAAAACAGGCCCAUAUCAAUGCGAAGAUGGCCAAACAGCGGUGCAGGCCUGGCUGGUGGCACACAGGUUCGGUGGUGAUUAGGAUCAGCUUUGGACCUGCCCGGUCAAGGAGCUGCUGUGGAUAAAACGUUCUUCUCUUCCACCACAGUGUAACGCAGACACAGCAAGUAUCGCGCAGGAGGCCCAGGAAGAAGCAGGCGGGCUCACUAGCACAGCUAGUGGGAGCCGUCGUCGAGCGUGCAGUCACGGUGAGAUCUGGUCGGUCGCGUUAGUCACCUGCAUUUGCCUGCAGGAGCAGCAGCAGCAGCGGAGCCGGCUGGAGACUGCAUCAUCCCGACUUCCAGCAUUUGAGCCAGUCUAUCCCUUCUCAAAGGACCCAGGCAAUUCCACGUCGCGGCGCAGUCCAGAUCAGCAAAAGGGCAUCUCCAACCGUGCCUGCAAUUUUACCUUUGCUGCCUUGUGGAUGCCGACCGCUCGGCAAUUCACGUCAAGUCCAUCACUACGUCAGCCGACAGUUGCUACCACCGCGCCUUCCGUCAAUACACUCAUCUGGUGGCAGUGGACGCAGUGGAAAUCCCGCUCUAUCCCGUGGGCCACGGCCUGGGGGUCGGCUGCCUGUGAUUUCAUGCUGCGUUGUUCCUGAACAAAACAAGAGAAAAAAAAUACCAAUUAGCGUUUAUCGUUGCGCCUUGACCAGAAACACCAAAGUGCCGGGUCCUUUCUGGUGGUGCCGAACAUCUGCACCUCACAUUCCAUACAUACAUACCCGUACAUAAUCUACCUAACCUUCCUCCUCCUUCUUUAAUAAUACUACCAGGCAGCAGAGUCGAGGGCGGACCGCCUCGUCGCCAGGAUGAACACCAGGCAGCCUAUUGAGAGCUCGGAACCGCCAGAGGCGCUCUCCGUCUCGUUCAAUGCCGACUCGAGCUGCUUCGCCGUGGCUUUGAACACAGGUUUCCGCAUAUUCACAUCGGCCGAGUGUGACCAACAGGCCUCCCGGGACUUCCCAGGGGGCCUGGGCCUCGUCCAGAUGAUGGGCAAGACUAACUGGCUGGCCCUCGUGGGCGGCGGGCGCAGGCCAAUGUUUGCGCCCAACAAGGUCAUGCUCUGGGACGAGGCCAAGUCCGAGGUCUCGGUCGAGAUAAGCAACAUGUCAAACGUCUGGGGCAUGCGCCUGGCACGGAACCGCAUCGUUGCUGUGCUGCAGGACUGCGUGCGCGUGUAUUCCUUCGCCAGGCCGCCGGACCUGCUCGCCCGCCACGACACGGCCGAUAACCCUCUUGGCCUCUGCGACAUGUCGGACCGCCACAUCGCCUUCCCGGGGAGGACCGCGGGGCAGGUCCAGCUGGUCGAGAUCACCACUUCGAGCGUUUCCAUAGUGCCCGCCCACUCGGCGAGCCUGGUCGCCAUCCGCUUCAGCCCCGACGGCUCGCUGCUCGCCACCGCCAGCGAGAAGGGCACCAUCAUCCGCGUCUGGGCAACCGCCACGGGCGCCCGCGUCGCCGAGCUGCGCCGCGGCUGGGACCCGGCCACCAUCUUCUCGCUCGGCUUCAGCCCCUCGGGCGCCAUGCUCGCAUGCACUUCGGACAAGGGAACCCUGCACGUGUACGACGUCCCGCACCCGUCAAAACCAAACCAGUCCGCUGCCGCUUCGGCCGCCGCCGCAGGAGGGGCAGGGAGCGGAGCCAGCGCGCCAGGCUCUAAGAGUCCGACGUCUAAGUUUGCCGGCCUUGGCGGCUCGACGGCCUCGCUCGUUUCGGGUGUGGGGGUCGAAGCAGGCGGCAGCACCGUCGGUGACGGCGCGCAGGAGGGCGACGGCGGCGCCGGCAAGAAGGGCAAGUGGGGCCUCCUCGGCAAGAUCCCCCUGAUGCCGCGCUACUUCUCGGACGAGACGUCCUUCGCGCAGGUCAACUUUGCAAACACCAACCAGCCCGUCGCGGCACCCGUCGCUCCCACCAUUAUGAUUGGCGGCAGCGCCAGCAGCUCCAGCAUGAUGGAUUCGACCCCCGCCCCUCCCCCGGCCCCCUUCGGCUCCCUCAAGGGCACGCCCUACGACAUUGUGCGGCCGCCCAUAAAGGGCAUGAUCGGCUGGAUUAGGGAGGACACCAUCGUUGUAAUCGGCGCUGGCACCGACGCGCGCUACGAGAGGUUCAAGGUUGUGCGCGGCCAGGACGGUCGGCGCCUGUGCGUGCGCGACGGGUGGAAGCGCAUCCUUGGCGAUAGCUAGCAGGGUCUGCGCAAGGAGUACGAGAGGGAGCGGAUGCUACUCAAGGAGAAAGAGCGGCAGACCGAGGAGAGAGAGCGACGACUCCUCAAGAUGCAGCAACAGCUGAAGAAGGGUGAGUAGCAACAGCAGAGGCGGUCGGGCGAGCGAGUGAAGGGAAUUGUUAUAGAAUCUGCACCAGGCACUGAAGCAUACGUGGGGACUGGCGUUUUCGUUUUCCCUUUAUUUUGUUUUUCUCUUCAUUUUCCUAUUCCACCUAUACGGCAUAUCGCGCGAGGUAAAGCGUCUUUCUUUAGCCACAUGAUUUCAAGAGGGAAAUGGUACGGACGGGGAAUGUCGGGGUAGGAACGGGUGCCCUGGCUCUGGCAAGCGUUUGUUUGUAUUUAAACGUAUACAAUCUAGCGGGUAAUAUGAUACAGCACCGAACGGGUUGCUGUCCGCUGUUGGGCAUGAUCCGUUCGGUGCUUGGAAAUUCUCCAUUCUCGGCCGCCUGACUCGUUGUUCGCC